AUGGCGCUACCCCAGCCUCAGCCUCUCUUGAUGUCUCUCCCUCCCCGCCCAGCCCCUGCUAUCUGCCAUCUCCAACGGUUCAGCCAGGUCUCCUCUCAGGACAUCAACAAGCCCCUGCUAUCUGCCAUCUCCAACGGUUCAGCCAGGUCUCCUCUCAGGACAUCAACAAGUCCCACCAUGGACUCUGCGUACGAGACGGGCCACAUCCGCAAGCUGCAGGCACGGCACAUGCAGAUGCAGGAGAAGACCUUCACCAAGUGGAUCAACAAUAUCUUCCAGCACGCCCGGGUGGGCAUCGAGAUCCAGAACCUGUGCGCAGAGCUGGCUGACGGCACCCACCUGCUGCGGCUGCUGGAGCUCAUCUCAGGGGAGGCCCUGCCACCCCCCAACCGGGGCCGCAUGCGGGUCCAUUUUCUGGAGAACAGCAGCCGAGCUCUGGCCUUCCUCAGGGCCAAGGUGCCAAUACCCCUCAUUGGGCCAGAGAACAUCGUGGAUGGAGACCAGACGCUCAUCCUGGGACUCAUCUGGGUCAUCAUUCUGCGUUUCCAGAUUUCCCACAUCUGCCUGGACAGGGAGGAGUUUGGUGUCAGCGCAGCCCUGCUGUCUGCCAAGGAAGCUCUGCUGGUCUGGUGCCAGCGGAAGACUGCCGGCUAUGCCAACAUCAACAUCACGGACUUCUCCCGCAGCUGGAGUGAUGGGCUCAGCUUCAGUGCCCUCAUCCAUGCCCACAGGCCAGACCUGCUUGACUACAGCUCCCUGCGUCCCGACCGCCCACUGCACAACCUCCGCUGUGCUUUCCACGUAGCUGAGCAGGAGCUGGGCAUUGCUCAGCUGCUGGAUCCCGAGGACGUGGCAGCCCUACAGCCCGACGAGCGCUCCAUCAUGACCUACGUCUCCCUCUAUUACCACCACUUCUCCCGCCUGCACCAGGAGCAGACCGUCCAGAGGAGACUCGUAAAGAUCCUGCAUCAGCUGCGGGAGUCAGAGGCGCUGCAGAUCCAGUACGAGGAGCUGGUGGCCGACCUGCUGUGCUGGAUUGCAGAGAAGCAGGUGCAGCUGGAGGCGCGGGAUUUCCCAGACAACCUGCCGGCCAUGCGCCAGCUACUGGUGGCCUUUGCCUCCUUCCGCACCCAGGAGAAGCCACCGAGACUGCAGCAGCGAGGGGCCACGGAGGCCCUGCUCUUUCGGCUGCAGACAGCCCUCCGAGCCCAGAACCGCAGGCCCUUCCUGCCACCCGAGGGCCUGGGCCCUGCGGAGCUGUCCCGGCGCUGGGCAAGCCUGGAGCGGGCGGAGGCCUCACGGAGCCGGGCCCUGCAGCAGAGGCUCCUACAACUAGAGCGGUUGGAAACCCUGGCCCGGCGUUUCCAGCGUAAGGCAGCCCUCAGGGAGAGCUUCCUGACAGACACAGAGCAGGUGCUGGACCGGGCCGCAGCCCCGCCAGCCAGCCCGGCCAUGGUGGAAGCGGCCGCCCAGAGGCUGGGCAUGCUGGAGGCCAGUAUCCUGCCCCAGGAGGGGCGCUUCCAGGCCCUGGCCGAGAUUGCAGACAUCCUCCAGCAGGAGCGCUACCACGGUGGGACAGAGGUGGCCAGCAGGCAGCUGGAGAUCACCAGGCACUGGGAGCGGCUCCUCCAGCGGCUCCAAGGGCAGAGGAAGCAGAUAGCAGGCAUGCAGGCUGUGCUGAGCCUGCUGCAGGAGGUGGAGACUGCCUCUGACCAGCUCAACGAGCUUCAGAUGCUGGUCAGCUCCACGGCCUGUGGGCAGAAGCUGGCAGAGGUAGAGGGGCUGCUGCAGAGGCAUGACCUGCUGGAGGCCCAGAUCUCAGUCCUUGGAGCCCACGUGAGCCAUCUGGCCCACCAGACCAUGAAGCUGGACUCUUCCACGGGCACUGCUGUGGAGGUGCUGCAGGCCAAGGCCAGGGCGCUGGCCCAGCUCUACCAGAGCCUCAUGUCUCUUGCCAGGUCCCGGCGGGCCUCGCUGGAGCAGACCCUGCAGCAGGCAGAGCUCCUGCACAGCUGUGAGGAGGAGGAAGCCUGGUUGAGGGAGCACAGACAGCUGGUGGAGGAUGCAUCCAUGGGCCCGGAUUUCAGCCAGAUUGCAGCGGCCCUGCAGAAACACAAGGCCCUGGAAGCCGAGCUCCAUCGCCACCAGGCUGUGUGCGCUGAUCUUGUGCAGAGGGGACGCAAACUGGGAGCCUGCGGGCCCCCGACGCGGCCGGACCCCUGGGAGCGGGCUGAGGUGGUACAGGGCAUGUGGCAGCGGCUCUGGGCCCGGAUGGAUGAGCAGGGCAUGAGGCUGCAGGCAGCCCUGCUUGUCCAGCAGUACUUCAUGGACGUGGCGGAGGCGGACUCGUGGCUUCAGGAGCAGCGGUCUACACUGGAGAGUGCAUCCUUUGGACAGGACCAGGUGGCCACCGAGGCCCUACUGCGGCAACACCUGCGUCUGGAACGCUCUGUGCGCACCUUCGGGACCGAGCUGCAUCGAUUAGACGAGCAGGCACGGGUGGCCACAGCCCAGGCAGCACUCCUGGUGGUGUCUGCCCUGAGCUCUCCGAAGAUAGGCCCGAGAAACCCAGGGGCCUGGUGUGAGGUUUCCUGCCACUCUGGUCUGUGGGGCACCCAGAAGAUGGCCCUCCCAGAUGAGCCUGACCCUGACUUUGACCCCAACACCAUCCUCCAGACACAGGACCGCUUGAGCCAGGACUAUGAGGGCCUGCGGGCCCAGGCAGAGCGCCGCAGGGCCCAGCUGGAGGAGGCGGUGGCCCUGUUUGGCUUCUAUGGCUCAUGUGGGGAGCUGCAGUCCUGGCUGGCCAAACAGACGACGCUGUUGCAAACGCUGCAGCCCAAGGCCAACAACCUGGAAGUCACGCAGCUCAAGUUUGAGAACUUUCUCACUGCCCUGGCUGUGGGAAGAGGACUCUGGACUGAGGUUAACAGCUCCGCUGAGCAGCUGAAGCAGAGGUGUCCUGGAAAUUCCCCCCAAAUCCAGCUACAGCAGGAGGAACUGAGCCAGAGAUGGGAGCAGCUGGAGACCCUGAAGAAAGAGAAGGAAACGCAGCUGGCAUGCACAAUGCAUGUGUGCAGUUUUCUGCAGGAGUGUGGAUCCACACAGGUCCAGCUGCAAAACCUAAUACUCCAGCUGGAAACCCUGGAGCUGGGGAACUCAGAGGAUGGCCACCAUGUUCUGCAAGUGGGCCAGCAGAAGAUGCUGGUGCUGGAGAAAGACAUUCACCGCCUGCAAAGUGCGGCUAACAAGGUUGAGGAGAUGGGCCCCGCAGAGAGCCUGUCCCUGCAGGGACAGGUGGAGACGCUGCAGGGGCUGCUGGAGCAAGUACGGGAGCAAGUGGCCCUGCGGACCCAGGCCCAGGCCCACCGGAGCUUCCUGCAGGAGAGCCAGCGGCUGCUGCUGUGGGCAGACAGUAUCCAGGCCAAGCUCCACAGCGAGGAGGAGGCGGUGGAUGUGGCCUCAGCCCAGCGGCUCCUGGGGAAGCACCGAGACCUGCUGGAGGAGAUCCACCUGCAGCAGGAGAGGCUGCAGCAGCUGGAGACAAAGGGCCAGCCCAUGGCAGCCUCGGGCUCCCCAGACUUCCGAGAGGUGGCUAGUGCCCUGAGGCUCCUGGGCCACCAAGGCCAGGAGUUGAAGGCCGCCUGGGAGCAAAGACAGCAGCAACUGCAGGAGGGGCUGGAAUUGCAGAAGUUUGUUCGAGAUGUGGAUGGUUUCACUGCCUCCUGUGCCAACCAUGAGGCCUUCCUACGGCUGGACAGCCUCCAGGAGGGCGUGGUAGAGACCCAGAGCCUGCUGCAGCAGCACCAGGAGCGUGGGUGGCUGCUGGAUGCCCUUGGCUCUAGAGCAGAGGAUCUACGGGCGCGUGGCGAGAAGCUGGCUCAGAGCCGACACCCCGCUGCAUACAAGGUCAGAGAGCAGCUUCAGAGCAUCCAGGUGCGGUGGACCAGGGUCCAGGGGAGGAGUGAGCAGAGAAGGAGGCAGCUGCUAGCCUCCCUCCAGCUCCAGGAAUGGAAGCAGGACGUGGUGGAGGUGCUGCUGUGGAUGGAGGAGAAGGGGCGGAUGUUGGUGGACGAGCCAUCCCGAGAGCCCAGCAACAUCCUGAGGAAACUAAGGCGGCACGAGGCAGCCACGCGUGAACUGGCGGCCACCCAGGGGCACGUGGAGGGCCUGCAGCAGGUCGGGAGAGAGCUGCUGAACAGCAGGCCCCAUGCCCAGGAGGACGUGCAGGCCAGGCUUCAGGGCCUAAGUAGCAAGUGGGAAGAGUUGAGACGCAAGAUGGCAGAGCGUGGGAAGCAGCUCCAGCAGGCUCGGCAGCAGGACCAGCUCCUGCGGCUGCUACAGGAAGCCAAGGAGAAGAUGGAGCAGCUAGAGGGGACCCUGCAGAAGGCAGAAAUGGGGCAGGACCUGGGCUCCAGCCGGGGGCUGCAGAAACAGCACCGCCAGCUGGAGGCCGAGAGCCAGGCGCUGGCCAGCAGGAUGGCUACCCUUGUCCCCGAGGCCCAUCAGGUGGUCAGUUCCCAGGCCAUUGUGGAGGAGACCAAAAAAUACCUCCAGAGGUUCAAGGCCCUGCAGGGACAUCUGGCCACCCGGCGAUGGCAGCUGCAGGCCUCGGUUGAGCUGUACCACUUCCACCACCUGAGCGACGCGGAGCUCACGUGGGUGGCAGAGCACAUGCCUGCGCCCAGCCCCAGCUCUGCUAAGUACCCAGAUGGUGCCCACCGCCUUCUCCACAAGCACGAGGAGCUCCGGGCAGAGGUGGGAGCCCGCCAGGGACAAGUGCAACGGGUGCUGGGUUCCGGGCGACACCUCGCAGCCUCUGGGCACCCCCAAGCCCAGCACAUCGUGGAGCGGUGCCAGGAGCUGGAAGGUCGCUGGGCGGAUCUGGAGCAGGCAUGUGAGGCCCAGGCCCGGCACCUGCAGCAGGCUGCUGCCCUCCAGCAGUGUUUCCUGGACACAUCAGAGCUGGAGGACUGGGUGGAGGAGAAGUGGCCACUGGUGAGCAGCCAGGACUAUGGUGGGGAUGAGACAGCCACCGUCAGGCUCAUUAAGAAGCACCAGGCCCUGCAACAGGAGCUGGCUCGUUAUUGGAGCUCCAUGGAGGAGGUUGGCCGGAGAGCUCAAACCCUCGCUGGCCCGGAGGCCCCUGCACAGCUGGGUGUGGCGCAGAAGAGGCUCCGGGAGCGGCUGCAGGCCCUGCAGGAGCUGGCGGCCACACGGGACCGGGAGCUGGAGGGGGCCCUGAAGCUGCACGAGUUCACGAGGGAGGCUGAGAACCUGCAGGGCUGGCUGGCUAGCCAGAAGCAAGUGGCUGGAGGAGGAGAGAGUCUUGGGGAGGACUAUGAGGACGUCCUGCACCUCUGCACCAAGUUUGUCAAGUUUCAGCACAAAGUAGAGAUGGGUGGCCAGCGGGUGGCAACCUGCCGGCAGCUGGCAGAGAACCUGCUGGAACGAGGGCACAGAGCAGCCCCCAGGGCCCAUCAGAUGCAGCGGGAUCUGCAGGCUGCCUGGUCGGAGCUGUGGGAGCUGACCCAGGCCCGAGGCCGCCUGCUCCGAGAUGCCGAGACCACCCUCAAGGUUCACCGAGACAUGUUGGAAGCCCUCACCCAGGUCCAGGAGAAAACCACCAGCCUCCCUUGUGACGUGGCCCAGGACCUGCGUGGGCUGGAGGCCCAGCUGAGGAGACACGAGGGGCUGGAACGUGAACUCAUGGGCACUGAGCAGCAGCUGCAGGAGCUGCUAGAGACGGGAAGCGAGGUGCAGAGGCUGGGGCCCAGGCCACAGGCCCGUGUGGUACAGCAGAGGCAGCAGGCCCUGGUGCAGGCCUGGGAGACCCUGAAGCUGCGAGCAGAGCAGCGCCGGGCCCAGCUGGAGCGGGCAUGGCUCCUGGCCCGCUUCCACGUGGCGGUGCGGGACUACACCUCCUGGGCGGCCAGCGUGUGGCAGGAGCUGCAAGUAGAGGCGAACUCCCAGGAGCACGGGAGUGGCCCACUGGAGCUCAGCACCCACCAACAACUUCGGGCCGUGCUGGAGGCCCGGGAGGAGCUGUACCAGCAGGCUGCCCAGCUGGGCCAGCAGGUGCUUCUGGCUGCAGGGACAUGCAUCAAGGAGGUCCGGGACGGGCUGCAAGACCUGCGGGACAAGCGGGAGCGGGUGUUCCAGGCCUGGGAGCAGAAGCAGGAGAGGCUCCAGGCCGUGGGCCGGGAGCAGCUCUUCCUCAGGAAGUGUGGCCGCCUGGACGAGAUCCUCAAGGCCCGGGAGGUCCUCCUGAAAACUGGUGCCCUGGGGAGCUCGGUUGAAGAGAUGGAGCAGUUGAUCCACAAGCAUGAGACCUUCCAGAAGGUGCUGGCUGCACAGGAGGAGAAGGAGGCAGCUCUGUGUGAGCAAGUGAAGAUGCUCGGGGGCCCCAGGGCACAGGACCUGCUCUGCACAGUGCUGGAGCGCCGCGCUCGGGUGAAGGAACUGGUGGAGAGUCGGCAACACGCCUUGCACACCUCCCUGCUGAUAGCUGCCUUCAUCAGGGCCGCCACCCAGGCCGAGGACUGGAUCCAGGAGCGACUCCAGCAGCUGAAGGUGCCAGUCCCUCCUGGGGACCUGAAAGCUAAGUUGAGACACCUGCAGAAACACCAGGCCUUCGCGGCCGAGGUCCAGGCCCGGGAGGAGAUCAUAACCUCUGUUGUCAAGGAGGGCGAGGCUCUCCUAGCACAGAGCCACCCUCUGGUGGGAGAGGUCUCCCAGAGGCUGCGGGAGCUGCAGGAGCACUGGGAGAAGUUGAGGCAGGCAGUGGCUCUCCGGGGCAAGGACCUGGAGGACAAGCGGAACAUCCUGGAGUUCCUGCAGAGAGUGGACGCUGCAGAGGCCUGGAUGGAGGAGAUGGAGGUGAUGGUGAAUGUCAGCGACCUGGGCCGGGACCUUGAGCACUGCCAGCAGCUCCACAGGCAGCUCCGCAAGCUCCGAGGAGUCUGGGCUGGGGACACGGUGAAUGAUGCCCGCAUCAGGAGCAUCAUUGACUUCUCACCACAGCUCAAUACCCAGGACACUGAGCAACUCAAGACCAUCUGGCAGCGGCAACAGCAGCUCAACAACAGGUGGAACAGUUUCCAUGGCAACCUGCUCAAAUACCAGCAGCGGCUCGAAGCAGCCCUGGAGAUACACGGGUUGUCCCAAAAGCUUGAUGACAUCACUCAGCAGGUCAGGGAGAAGGCUGCCCUGGUCCAGGCCCUGGACUGUGGGAAAGAUCUGGACAAUGUGCAGAGGCUGAAGCAGAAACACAAGGAGCUGGAGCAGGAAAUGGGCCUCCUCCAGGCCCAGGUGGAGCCACUAGAACGUGAAGCAGGUCGAGUCUGCCAGAGAAGCCCUGAGGAGGCCCACGGCCUUGGCCACCAGCAGCAGGAGAUGAUGAACAGCUGGCGGCAGCUCCAGAGCAGUAUCCAGAAGUGGAAGGAGUCCCUGGAUGCCUUGCAUGAAGCUCAGGAGCUGCAGGCAGUGCUGCAGGAACUGCUGGUCUGGGCCCAGAGGCUGCGAGCUCAGCUGGACUCCUGGAGAAGCCCCAGCAGUCUUGCAGAGGUCCAGCGCGUGUUGGAGGAACACCAGGAACUCAGAGCCGAGCUGGACUCCCGAACAGACAGCAUCAGCCUGGCCCGAAGCACUGGGCAGCAACUGCUUGCUGCAGGGCACCCAUCCACCCCCAACAUCCGCCAGGCCCUGGCUGGUUUUAAUCAGGAGCUGAGCAGCCUGGAAGGGGCCUGGCAUGAGCACCAGCUCCACCUGCAGCAGGCCCUGGAACUACAGCGGGUUCUGAGCUCCGUGGAGCAGAUGGAGAGUUGGCUCUGCAGCCUGGAAGCCUGCCCAGUCAGUGAGGGUCUAGGGGACUCUUUGGCCAAUGUGGAGACCCUGCUGUGGAAGCACAGGGUGCGUGAGCAGGACCUGGAGGCUCAGGCGGAGAAGAUGAGUGCGCUGGAAGCCACCACCCGCAGCCUGUUCCAGGGCGGACACCCCGAGGCCCAGGGUGCGCUGAGCCGGUGCCAGGCCAUGCUCCUGAGGAAAGAGGCACUCCUGGAGCGAGCCAGGACCCGUUGCCGCCAGCUGGAGGAGCUCAGGCAACUGCAGUCUUUCCUGCAGGACUCCUGUGAGAUGGCUGCCUGGCUGAGAGAGAAGAACCUGGUGGCCCUGGAAGAGAGCUGGUGGGACCCAGUGGAGCUGCAGUCCCAGUUGCAGCAACAACAGAAUCUCCAGGCAGAACUGGACACCCGUGCACACCGCCAGCAGAGACUGCAGAUGGAGGGGCAGAGGCUGCUGCAGGAUGGCCACUCGGCCUCAGAGACCAUCCAGGAGCGGCUACAGGAGCUGAGAAAGCUAUGGGAAGAGCUGCAGGCCCAGUGCCAGAGGAGGGCAGCCAAGCUACAGGAGGCCCGUGAGGCCCUGCAUCUGCGACGGAGCGUGGAGGAACUGGAGAGCUGGCUGGAGCCUGUGGAGCUCAAGCUGAGAGUCCCCAUCGGGGGCCCAGACCAGCCUGGGCUGGACAAGCUCCUGGGGGCUCAGGGGGAGCUGGAGGCAGCAGUGGACAGGCAAGUCGGGCGGGCACAGGCCCUGCUGGGCCAGGCCCAGGCCCAGGCCUGUGUCCAGGAAAGCCACUGCCUGGCCCAAGAUGUGGAAGAGCAAGCCCAGUGGCUGCUUCAGAGGUUCGAGAGCCUGCGGGUGCCCCUGCGGGAGCGCAGGACAGCCCUGGAGGCCCGGAGCCUGCUGCUGCAGUUCUUCAGGGACGCCGACGAGGAGAUGGCCUGGGUGCAAGAGAAGCUGCUCCUGGUGGCCACCCAGGACUGUGGCCAGAGCCCGAGUGCCCUGCGGCGCCUGCAGGAGAAGCACCAGAACCUGGAGAGUGAGAUGAGCAGCCACGAGGCUCUAACCCGGGCGGUGGUGGGCACAGGGCGCAAGCUGGUGCAGGCUGGGCACUUUGCUGCCCGAGAUGUGGCAGCCCGUGUGCAGCAGCUGGAGGACGCCAUGGGCCGCCUGCGGGCAGAGGCUGCACAGAGGCGUCGGCGGCUACAGCAGGCUCAGGAGGCCCAGUCCUUCCUGACGGAGCUCCUGGAGGCAGAAUCCUGGCUAGAAGAACGGGGCUGUGGCCUGGACAUCAAGGAUAUGGGUCAGAGUGCUGAGGCCACACAGGCCUUCCUGCGGCAGCUGGAGGCCACCAGGAGGGACCUGGAAGGAUUCACCACGCGCAUUGAGAGGCUGCAGCAGACAGCAGCCCUCCUUGAGAGCGGGCAGAACCCAGAAAGCCCCAAGGUGCUUGCCCAGAUGCUUGCGGUAAGGGACGCCCACUCAGGGCUGCUGCAGAGAGCAGAGGGCAGGGGGCAAGGCCUGAGGGAGCAGCUGCAGCUCCACCAGCUGGAGCGGGAAGCCCUGCUCCUGGAUGCCUGGCUGGCCAACAAGGUGGCCACUGCUGAGUCCCAGGACUAUGGGCAGGACCUAGAGGCUGUCAAGCUGCUGGAAGAGAAGUUCGAUGCUUUCAGAAAGGAUGUCCAGAGCCUGGGGAAGGCUAGGGUGCAGGCCCUGAGGGAGCGGGCAGACUCCCUGGAACGGGCAGCACCCAGGUGCUCUCCCCAGAUUCAAGCACAGAGGAGUCGCAUUGAGGCCUCUUGGGAGAGGUUGGAUCAGGCGGUGAAAGCCCGCACACAGAACCUAGCUGCCACCCGUGAGGUCCGAAGCUUGGAGCAGGCAGCAGCUGAGCUCCAGGGCCAGAUGCAAGAGAAGGCCAUCCUGGUGGCUAGAGAUGCCUGCGACCUUAGCCUGUUAUCAGUGCAGACUCUGCAGCAACAGCACAGAUGUCUAGAGAGGGAACUGGCAGCGAUGGAGAAGGAGGUGGCACGGGUGCAGACGGAGGCCUGCCGGCUGGGCCAGCUCCACCCUGCAGCUCAGGAGGGCCUGGCCAAGCAGCUGGCCGGGGUGCAGGAGGCCUGGGCCACCCUGAAUGCAAAGGUUUAUGAGCGAGAUCGGCAGCUGGAGGAGGCUGCCCAGGGCCACGCCUUCCUCAGACGCUGUCGGGAAUUGCUAGCAUGGGCCACAGAGAAGCAGGCCCUGGUGUCCUUGGAGGAGCUGGCUGGGAAUAUAGCUCGGGCCGAGGGGCUCCUGGCAUUGCAUGAGGAGCUGGGGAGAGAAAUCAAGGAGUACAGCCUUCAAGCCCAGAACAUACAGCAGGAAGGGCAGCGGCUGGUGGACAGUGGCCACUGCAUGUCCCUGGAGGUAACUGGGUGUCUGCAGGAUCUGGACAGACAGCUGCGGGCACUCAGAGAGGCCUGGGCCCUGCGCCGGGAACGCUGUGAGGAGAGCUGGCAUCUACAGAAGCUGCGGCAAGAGCUGGACCAGGCUGAGGCCUGGCUGGCCUGCCGGGAGGGCCUCCUGCUGGACCCCAACUGCGGGCACUCCGUGUCUGAUGUGGAGUUGCUGCUCUGCAGACACAAGGACUUAGAGAAGCUGCUGGCCUCCCAGGAAGAGAAGUUUGCCCGACUGCAGCAGGAGGCAGCGGUGGACCAGAAGCAGCAAGUGAAGGGGCUGAAACCCUCGGGAAGCUGGUGGCCCAGAGCACAGCUGACUGAGACAGGGGACCCGCAGCCAUCUGUCCCCACUGGAUCUUGCAUACGCUUCACCACCGUUUCCCCGGAGUGCACAGCAGGGACCCUGGGGGAUGCAAAGGGUGCCCCCACCAUGGAGGGAAUUUUGGAACUUAAGCACCAGCUCUUGCCUGGGAGGAGGCAGAACAUGGCUUCUACAGCUUCCCUCGACCUCACAGGAGCUGGUGAGAAGCCGGGCGAUCACCAUGAUGGAAGACAUAACUUUUCCUUAAGGCUGGCUGCGGGAGAGACCCUGUCUGCAGCGCCACCUGCAGGGCAGACUGGGAGCUGGCGGGGCGCCCUGAGCAGCUGGGCAGCCCCCAGUCUGAGCCCAGAGCUCCAAGCCAGACCCUCGGGCUUCCUGGCCGAGCGCAGUGCUGAGAGGGUACCUGGCAUGCCAGCUCCACUCAGAUUCCACAGCGGUCCCCCGCCCGCCUGGCUGCAGGAGAUGAGAGUGUGCACCUACAGCUACCCACAGCCCACGGGGCUCCCACAGACAGCUGGCCCCACACAGCAAACUGCAGAAGGCUCCCGCCAACUGUCCUGCUCAGGCCAGAUCCAUGGUCCAGGCCUUGAAGCAAAUGCAGAGGUGGCACCAAACUUCAGAGCUACAAGCGAGGACACCCUCGAGGGAACCAGGAGACCCACCUAUCCGGCCCCUUAGGACAAAC